CACUGUGAUAAAUCAUAUGUACGUAUUUAUCAGUAAAAAUUAGAUGAUAAUAAUUAACCAUUAGACGUUUGAAAAUAAUAAACAGAGUCUUAAAAUGAGAAUUACUAUCUUUUUGACACAAGUGGUAUACACUCGUCAGAAUGAAGGUUCUCUUGUGCGCGCUGGCGUUGGUGGCGGUGGUAGAAGCAUGAAGCGCCAUCCCUACCACUACAAUUAUGGUUUCGCCGUCGCAGCGCGUAUCAAACAGAUAGAGUAGGCAAUGGAUUUCGACGACGGCAUAAUCGCUGGCGACUCAGGUGCCGGUGUCGAAGCUCACCCUCAUUUAAUAAUGGAGUCCAUUAUCAACCGACAGCUCCUUCGGUACCUAGAGGAUCACCAGUUGCUUAAUGACCAACAAUACGGAUUUCGUAGUGGUCGCUCUGCUGGCGAUCUUCUAGUUUACUUAACACAUAACUGGGCUACGGCAAUUGAAACAAAGGGGGAGGCCCUGGCAGUAAAUUUGGACAUAGCGAAAGCCUUCGAUCGGGUGUGGCACAAAACUCUUCUAUCAAAACUUCCCUCGUAUGGGCUUCCCGCGAAAUUAUGUGCAUGGGUCACUAGUUUUUUGACAGACAGAAGCAUUAAGGUUAUAAUCGACGGUGAAUGCCCGGACCUUCCGUCUAUAAAUGCUGGUGUUCCCCAAGGAAGUAUGACAGCACGAAGGACUCCACCUAUAUCGGUCGUGCUAAUAUUUCUCGGGAAAGCGUCAUUGAGAGCCGGAAUUAACUUGUGUCUGAUAUUGAAUCUUCGUUUGAGAAAGUCUCUAACUGGGGUCGACUUAAUUUGGUCGGUUUGCGCGUUCACCGCCAAAAAAGCCCCAUUUGUCGUAUCACCUUGCUUUCAAAAUAUUCCCCUAACUGUUUCUGCCAAUAUUGAGAUUCUCGGUGUCGACAUAUCGAGCGAGGUCCAGUUUCGUGGUCACUUAGAGGAUAAGGCUAAAUUAGCAUCUAAGAAGUUUGGUGUGCUGAAUAGAUCGAGGCAGUAUUUCACUCCGGCGCAUCGCCUACAGCUUUACAAAGCGCAGGUUCGGCCCCAUAUGGAAUACUGUUCUCAUCUUUGGGCAGGGGCACCCCAAUACUAG